AUGAAAGGCCUCGGUGACAGCCGCCCUCGCCACCUCUCCGACAGCCUGGACCCACCGCAUGAGCCCCUGUUCGCAGGGCCUGACCGCAACCCCUACCUGCUAUCGCCCACGGAGGCCUUUGCCCGCGAGGCUCGAUUCCCUGGCCAGAACACUCUGCCUGGGGAUGGUCUCUUCCCACUCAACAACCAACUGCCGCCUCCAAGCAGCACCUUCCCCCGCAUCCACUAUAACUCCCACUUCGAGGUGCCAGAGGAGAGCCCCUUCCCCAGCCAUGCCCAGGCCACCAAGAUCAACCGGCUGCCUGCCAACCUCCUGGACCAGUUUGAGAAGCAACUGCCCAUCCACCGCGAUGGCUUUAGCACGCUCCAGUUCCCCCGUGGUGAGGCCAAGGCCCGAGGUGAGAGUCCUGGCCGCAUCCGCCACCUGGUCCAUUCGGUCCAGCGGCUCUUCUUCACCAAGGCGCCCUCACUGGAGGGCACGGCAGCCAAGGUCGGUGGCAAUGGCAGCAAGAAAGGUGGCCUGGAGGACGGCAAGGGCCGGAGGGCCAAGAGCAAGGAACGGGCCAAGGCUGGGGAACCCAAACGGCGUAGCCGCUCCAACAUCUCGGGCUGGUGGAGCUCUGAUGACAACUUGGACGGCGAGGGUGGCGCCUUCCGCAGCAGUGGCCCAGCCUCUGGGCUGAUGACGCUCGGCAGACAGGCGGAACGCAGCCAGCCACGCUACUUCAUGCACGCCUACAACACCAUCAGCGGGCACAUGCUCAAAGCAGCCAAAAACAACACCGCUGAGCUGACUGCCCCGCCGCCCCCACCCGCACCCCCAGCCGCCUGCCCCAGCCUUGGGGUGGGCACUGACACCAACUAUGUCAAGCGGGGCUCCUGGUCCACUCUGACCCUCAGCCACGCCCAUGAAGUCUGCCAGAAGACCUCAGCCACCUUGGAUAAGAGCCUGCUAAAGUCCAAAUCCUGCCACCAGGGUCUAGCCUACCAUUACCUGCAGGUGCCUGGCGGCGGCGGCGAGUGGAGCACCGCGCUGCUGUCCCCGCGCGACGCGGACGCCGCGGCCGAGGGCCCCAUCCCGUGCAGGCGCAUGCGCAGCGGCAGCUACAUCAAGGCCAUGGGCGAUGAGGACAGCGAUGAGUCCGGCGGCAGCCCCAAGCCCUCACCCAAGACGGCCGCGCGGCGCCAGAGCUACCUGAGGGCCACGCAGCAGUCGCUGGGAGAGCAGAGCAACCCUCGCAGGAGUCUGGACCGCCUGGAUUCAGUGGACAUGCUGCUGCCCUCCAAGUGUCCAAGCUGGGAGGAGGACUACAACCCCGUCAGCGACAGCCUCAAUGACUCCAGCUGCAUCAGCCAGAUUUUUGGACAGGCCUCCCUGAUCCCCCAGUUGUUUGGCCAUGAGCAGCAGGUACGGGAGGCAGAUCUGAGUGACCAGUAUGAGGCAGCCUGUGAGUCUGCCUGCAGUGAAGCGGAGUCUGCAGCCGCCGAGGCACUGGACUUGCCGUUGCCCAGCUACUUUCGCUCCCGCAGCCACAGCUACCUGCGGGCCAUCCAGGCGGGCUGCUCGCAGGAGGAGGACAAUGUCUCCCUGCAGUCCCUCUCCCCUCCGCCCAGCACUGGCAGCCUCAGCAACAGUCGCACGCUUCCAAGUUCAUCAUGCCUAGUGGCAUAUAAGAAGACCCCACCACCGGUCCCUCCACGUACCACGUCAAAGCCCUUCAUCUCUGUCACGGUCCAGAGCAGUACUGAGUCUGCCCAGGACACCUACCUGGACAGCCAGGACCACAAGAGUGAGGUGACAAGCCAGUCGGGCCUGAGCAACUCGUCGGACAGCCUGGACAGCAGUACCCGACCGCCCAGUGUGACACGGGGCGGAGUCACCCCAGCCCCUGAGGCUCCUGAGCCACCCCCAAAACAUGCAGCUCUGAAGAGUGAACAAGGGACGCUGACCAGCUCUGAAUCCCACCCUGAGGCCAUCCCCAAAAGGAAACUGUCAUCUAUAGGAAUACAAGUUGACUGCAUUCAGCCAGUGCCAAAAGAGGAGCCCAGUCCCGCUACCAAAUUCCAGUCCAUCGGGGUUCAGGUAGAGGACGACUGGCGAAGCAGCGCCCCCUCUCACAGCAUGUCCUCCCGACGGGACACCGACUCAGAUACCCAGGAUGCCAAUGACUCAAGCUGUAAGUCAUCUGAGAGGAGCCUCCCGGACUGUACCCCACACCCCAACUCCAUCAGCAUCGAUGCCGGCCCUCGGCAGGCCCCCAAGAUUGCCCAGAUCAAGCGCAACCUCUCCUAUGGAGACAACAGCGACCCUGCCCUAGAGGCUUCGUCGCUGCCCCCGCCUGACCCCUGGCUCGAGACCUCCUCCAGCUCCCCAGCGGAGCCAGUGCAGCCAGGGGCCUGCCGCCGGGACGGCUUCUGGUUCCUGAAGCUCCUGCAGGCAGAAACGGAGCGGCUGGAGGGCUGGUGCUGCCAGAUGGACAAGGAGACCAAAGAGAACAACCUCUCUGAAGAAGUCUUAGGAAAAGUCCUCAGUGCUGUGGGCAGUGCCCAGCUACUGAUGUCCCAGAAAUUCCAGCAGUUCCGGGGCCUCUGUGAGCAAAACCUGAACCCUGAAGCCAACCCACGUCCGACAGCCCAGGACCUGGCCGGGUUCUGGGAUCUGCUACAGCUGUCCAUCGAGGACAUCAGCAUGAAGUUUGAUGAACUCUACCACCUCAAGGCCAACAGCUGGCAACUGGUGGAAACCCCCGAGAAGAGGAAGGAAGAGAAGAAACCACCCCCUCCAGUCCCAAAGAAGCCAGCUAAAUCCAAGCCGGCAGUGAGCCGCGACAAGGCCUCAGAUGCCGGGGACAAGCAGCGUCAGGAGGCCCGCAAGAGACUCCUGGCGGCCAAGCGGGCAGCUUCCGUGCGGCAGAACUCAGCCACAGAGAGUGCGGACAGCAUCGAGAUUUAUGUCCCUGAGGCCCAGACCCGACUCUGAGACCAGGAAGCAAACAAUUUUAAGUCAUUAAAAAAAAAAAAAAAACCCACACAAACUAAAUG